CCAGCGAAUCCUGAGGUUAGACCAAUGAGGGAACAAAGGCUGGACUAGUAGGUCACGUGGAUGCAGCGUUGUAGCAGGAAUGAAGAGAGGCAACUGGCAGGGUCGAGGAGACUGGGGAAGAGCUGAUCGAAGACGACAUCACAAUCCAGGCAGGCAAAGGGAACGUUGCAGUCACAGGCCUGCGGAACACAGGUUUGAGCGCGGUGGUCCUGGGACGUCCCAGAAUGAACCCUCCCCUGAAACAGCCUCCCCGAGCCUGCCCCAGAGCUCACUGGCGCCAGAGCUCCCGGGGUUUUACUUUGACCCUGAGAAGAAUCGCUAUUUCCGCCUUCUCCCAGGACACAACAACUGCAACCCUCUGACCAGAGAGGGGAUCCAGCAGAGGGAGCAGGAGGGGCGCAGGGUGCGGCUACUGGAGGAGGACGAGAAGCUCAGGAAGAAAAGCUCCCAGACUGGUUUGAACUCCACAGUCCUUUUACAGAAGAGACACCUGGGUUUAGUACCAGAGACCUCAUACUGCAGGCUGAUCCAUGAACUGAAGGUGAGCAGCAUGAGACGGCACAAGCUGGAGGUGCAGAGUUCAGACUCCAGCAGCCCCAACACAGACAACUUCAAACUCAUCGUGGCGGACUCUGCCUGCGAGCGCGUGUUCACUGUGAAUGACGUGGAGCAUGGGGGCUGCAAGUACGGCAUCAUGAACUUCAAGGGCUGCAGUGAGGGCUCCCUCUCCGUGGAGAUGUGUGAUAACCUCUACUUCACCAACCGCAAGGUGAAUUCCAUCUGCUGGGCAUCAGUAACGCACCCUGACUCCCACGUACUGCUUUGUCUGGUGGGCAUCGCAGAUACCCCCGGCUGUGUCAGCCUUCUGCCAGCUUCCUUAUUUAGCAACUCCAACCCAGAUCAGCCGGGAAUGCUCUGCAGCUUUAAGAUUUCAACAGCCUGGUCCUGUGCCUGGUGCCUUAACCCACAGGCAGACAAGAAGUUUAGCACAGGUUUAUCGAGACUGGUGAUUGUUACGGACGCUGUGACGGGCCGCAGACAGACCUAUGGAAUCAACAGUGACGUGCUGGCACAGCAGUUUGCACUGCGGGCUCCAGUGCUGUACAAUGGCUGUCGCACGGGAGAGAUCUUCAGCAUUGACCUGCGGCAGAGAGCCAGGAGGGGGCACGGCUGGAAAGGGGUGCGCUUCUACCAGGACUCUGCCAUCACCUCAGUGCGCAUCCUGCAGGAUGACAACUACCUCGUCGCAGCCGACAUGCUGGGGAAGAUAAAGCUCUGGGAUCUGCGGAUGGCUAAAGCAGUGCAGCAGUACGAAGGGCAUUACAAUGAGCAUGCCUACCUGCCCGUCCACCUGAACGAACAAGAGGGGCUGCUUCUAGCAGUCGGUCAGGACUGCUACACGAGGCUGUGGAGUCUGGGAGAUGGUCGGCUGCUGCGGACUAUCCCAUCGCCCCACCCGGCUGGCAAGGACUCUGUGCCCAGCGUGGUGUUCUCUUCACAGCUUGGGGGCCGCAGGGGCCUGCCAGGACUGCUCAUGGCAGUGAGCCAGGACCUCUACUACUUCUCAUACAACUCGGACUACCAGGAGCAGCGAGGGGCAGAUGCUUAGAGAAAUUGACUUGUGUUUUAAAAAAAUUAAAAAAUAAUAAUUAUUGAAGAAAACAAAUAUGGGUGUGGGGUUUUAGAAGGUCUAGCAGGAACUGGGUUCGUCGUUGCACUGGCAGGUUUACAGUAAGCAGUGUCUUGGUUUUACAGGUAAAAUAAGACUACUAAAUGAAUUCAUAAACCUGCAGCUGGAAGUAUUGGUAUAGUUCCUUAGUAAUUGGUUUCCUGAGAUGCCCACAGUGAGCUGCUGAUAUCUCCCUUGCUCCUCCUAUCCCCUUCUUUACUCUGGCUGUUUACAGAGAGAUACAAGGCUAGCCCAUUUCCCUAUUUGCUGCGUUUCUACUAUCCAACAUCCCAUUCUGAAAAUCUUCUCUGAGCACACUGUCCAGCAUACUCAAGCGAUGUUGUGAGAACAAAAUGUGCAAAGCUACAGCUCAGUGAAAUGACCAAUUACAUGAUGCAGAGCAACUGGAAAUGGUGAAGAAUAAAUUCCAGGAACAGGCUGUGUGAAUGAGGUGCUUGCACUGAAUUCAUGUUUCAAUAACACGUCUGAUACAGAGUGUAAAUGGGGUGUGUCUAAUGUGACUCAGGGAUUCAUUGAAUCAUUAAUGUCAAUUGAAGCUUAAACCUCCAUUGACCUGCAGUGAAGCCUGUAAGCAGUUACACCCUGUGGUUUUAGAUGUGCUGUCACCAGUUCAUUAAAUUAACUCUUUCUAUUAGACUUUUUAUCAUUUAGUCCCAAAUUAAAAAUACAAGUAAAAAAAAAACCUUGAUCAUACUUUCUAAGAUCUGAUUCCGAUUUAUCACCACUGCUAGACAAUCAGUUUGCGUUUCAGUACGCUCAUCUUUUCUCCACCCUGUUCAGUGUGAUCCAUCAUGGUGCCAUGCCCCAGGAUUUAAAUAUUCAAUCAAAAUCAACAUGGUACCAAAUCAUUUGGUUCCUUAAAAUCCUGACUAGGCAAUGUUUUGAGAUCAACCCAUUAUUAGGAAGCACUGACAGGACAUAUGGCCUCCUAUCAUUGAUACAUUUUCUUGUGUUAUGUAUUACUCGUGCUAUAUGGGGAAUAAUGUUGCAGUGAGGUGAAGAUGUCGAAACUGGUGGAACACUAUAUGCUUGUUUUUAAAACUGCUGAUUAAAUGUGUGACAGACACUGAUAAAUAAAAGGUGGUAGCAGGUA